AGUGAGAGAGAUAUCAUCGGUCACCUUAUAUAUGAUGAAGUUGAACUAUUGCAUCUUUUUUAUGGUAAUUCUGAAGUCAUGUCAGAGCAAAGAUGCAUGUUCAUACACACUGAGGUCUGCUUCCCGUGGCGGAAUCAUCAGUGGAUCCAUGUGGACUACCACAACAACAGACCGCGUUUCCUGCCUGUGGGAGUGUUCUCGAAGAUCAGGUUGCAAGAGUUUCCAGUAUAGCUCUUUCUCUUCUUACUGUCGAGGCUACAGUACCUACAUCAACGACGAUCUACAGGCCACUGAUGAACCUGAAUCGUCGGUCGUGGAGUACUACAAUAUGUGGCCAGAUCUGGUUCUUUCUACACAUGGCGGUCCUCGAAUAUUCGGAAGCUCGUGCAACCACGAUGGUGACUGUGACGUUCGUGAAUCUACGUGCUACGGCGGCAGCUGCUCGUGUAUGACUGGGCUGAGUUACGAUGCAUCAAAUAUGGCCUGUGUUGUGUACUGUCAGAGGUAUGGUAGCAGUUUCAGCGAGUACUCGGUUACCAGCGCGAUUACAACAGCCAAUCACACCUGGGGCCCAACUGUGGAUGCUCCAGGGGAAUGUAGAGAUGUAUGUCUUCAGGAGGAACACUUUGAGUGCAUCGUUGCUUGGGCUGUGCAGAUAUCAGACGGGGAGUAUUCGUGUGAAUAUGGAUCAACUUGGAACACGCCUGGGUCAUCAGUUUAUGAAAUGUUCCAUUCUUCGUCCAUACUCUAUGUUCGACAUUGUGCCUAGGGUCCCAUCGUCCUUACGAUGAACAUUUGUCAACAAUUGUGAGAAAAGGCACCUCAUAUGUGCUAGGAUACAAUUGUGCUAUGACGUCAUAAAGACGUUUGACGUCAACCUACUUCAGUGAA